AUGGGUAGAUCAAGAUGGCUUCUGAUGAAACUCAGAUUGAUUAGUGUUUUAUUUGAGGCUUUGGUGAUUAUCUCCUUAUCGGCUGCUUCUUCAAGAGAUGAAGAACUGGUAGAUUCAUCGAAGUUGGAGAUGUUUGUCGAUGAGGUUCCAGAUAUGCCCAGAAUCCAUGGCUACAAGAUCCUUCAUGGAGUUCCCAAACCCAAAUCUCUCGUCAUUGGCAUGUUCAAAAAGAAUUGGAAAUUCCAUAGAGAUUUGCCGCCAACACCAGUUUUUGCUUAUGGUGUCGACAAACAUUCUGCAACAGUCCCAGGUCCCACAAUUGAGGCCCUUCACGGAGUUGACACCUAUGUGACAUGGCAGAAUCACCUCCCUUCAUGCCACAUCCUCCAAUGGGACCCAACAAUUCCAACCGCCAUACCUCACUCAAAGAAGGGCAUCCCUACAGUGGUUCACCUCCAUGGUGGCAUCCAUGAGCCCCAGAGUGAUGGCAACCCAAAUGCCUGGUUCACCGCUGGAUUCAAUGAAAUGGGGCCCACUUGGAUGAAGAAGACCUUUCACUAUCAUAACAAUCAGCAUCCUGGAGAUCUAUGGUAUCAUGAUCAUGCCCUUGGGUUAACUAGAGUCAACCUCCUUGCUGGCUUGAUUGGGACCUAUAUCAUCCGUCACCCUCUAAUCGAGGACCCUCUCGGCUUACCCCACGACAUUGCCAUUGAUCGACCUUUAAUGAUCUUUGAUAGGAGCUUUCACAUUGACGGUUCCUUAUACAUGAAUUCCACUGGAAACAUCCCUGCUGUGCAUCCCUUUUGGCAACCGAUAUACAAUGGUAAUGUUAUUGUCGUGAAUGGAAAAGUUUGGCCUCGCAUGACAGUGCAACGUCGUAAAUAUAGAUUUCGAAUAAUCAAUGCCAGCAAUUCUAGAUUCUUUAGAUUCUUCUUCCUUAAUGGCUUGCAAUUCACCAUCGUGGCAUCUGAUUCUGCUUACAUUGAAGAGCCAGUGAUGAUGACAGAAGUUUUAGUGGGGCCAUCUGAGAUUAUAGAUAUGAUUGUUGACUUUUCUCAGUCAAAAAGUGACACUAUUAUCCUAGCCAAUAAUGCACCGUAUCACUUCCCUUUUGGUGAUCCAGUGGAUGAAGCUAAUGGAAAGGUCAUGAAAUUCUUCAUACAACCUGAUUUAGAAGUUGACAAGUCACGCAUCCCAAAGAAGUUGAUAAAAUAUCCUGAUGCAAAGUUAUCUAGUGUGUUGCACACCCGGUACAUUAGAAUGUUUGGGUUUGGCAUGGGGAAGGAAAGGCCAACUCACUUGUACUUAAAUGCUAAACCCUUCGAGUCACCAGUGACAGAAACUCCAGAGGAGGGAUCAACAGAGGUGUGGUAUGUGAUCAACUUAACGAUGGCUAAUCAUCCGUUUCACAUUCAUUUAGGGCUGUUGAAGGUGUUAGAUCAAACAGAGCUAUUGAAUUUUGAGGAGUUUAAUGAAUGCAUGAGGAAACAUAAUAAUGUGACUGAGUGCCACAUGGAGGAGCAUGCAAAUGGCCAGAAAAUAGAGGUUCCAGCUCAUGAGAGAGGGUGGAAGGUGGUGCACAAGAUGAUACCUAAGUUUGUGACGAAGAUUGUGGUGAGGUUUGGUUACAUACAUACAAAUGCAUCAUAUGGGUUUGAUGCAACAGCGGAACCUGGUUAUGUGUAUCACUGUCAUAUGUUGAACCAUGAAGACAAUGAGAUGAUAAGGCCUUUGAAAUUGACAAAGAGAGGUUUAUAUUACAAAGGAGAUGAUGGCCUGAUAGAUUCUAACAAGUAA